CUCUCUCCCACCUCUUUCUCUUGCUUGCUCUUCUAUUCUUGACAGUGUUGAGGUCCUCCAGGAUUUACUGUUUCCUGUCCAAUCUUCCUCCCAACCUUUGUUUCCAUGGCACAACCUCCAACCCCUCUUCGUGAUCCUCUGGAACGAGAUGUCGAAUCAGCAAGCGACUUGAACGACGAGUCUAGUCAAGCUGGACGUCCUUCUCGUGCUAUCACAUUCGACAACUCAGCCACCCCUGAUGGUGGCCGGUCUAUCUACCAGUCCCAGCAGGUGGGACGUCCCCGUUCCAUGAGCCGGGACACCGUCAGAAGCACUGCCAGUACUACUCAAACACCAGCUGGGAUCCCGAUUGAAUUCCGAACCCUCUCAAUCCACAUCACUGAGUCGCAGCAUGUUACCCAGGAUAAUCUCAAGGAGAACCAAAAGAAGGAAAAGCAACCUAACCAGGAUUACUUUGAGAACCUGGACUUUCAUAUCCUCAGCCUUGACAAACUAUCUCAACAGUUCAGGGUUGACAGUCAAUCUGGUCUCAGUUCAUCAUCUGCUGCCUCUCGACUUUCACAUGAUGGCAAGAAUGUCAUCUUCCACCAUCGGGAGAACUAUCUGAAGAAGAUCCUGGGAUACGUUUUUGGUGGCUUCUGUUCCGUCCUGUGGGUUGCUGUCAUCGUCUUUUUCAUCUGUUGGAAACCUCUGAGCAAUCCGCCCUCUGUCCCGAAUCUUGCUAUGGCUAUCCUUAUUAUAAUCGUGAUUGUUCUACAAGCCGGAUUCUCUGCCUUUCAAGACUGGUCCACGAAGCAAGUGAUGAGCUCCAUUUUGGACUUACUCCCGUCGGAGGCAUUAGUUCUCCGAGACGGCAAGCAAGUCAAGAUUUCGGCCACAGACCUUGUUGCCGGUGAUAUCGUGUAUAUAUCCAUCGGGAACAAAGUUCCAGCAGAUAUGCGCAUCUUCCGCAGCUCAGGGGAUGUCCGUUUUGAUCGCGCUGUCCUCACCGGUGAGUCGGAUGAAGUUGAGGGUGCAACCGAUUAUACAGACGAGAAUUUCCUGGAGACGCGAAACAUCGCCCUCAUGGGAACUAGUGUCACCAAUGGCAAUGCCGUCGGAAUCGUCGUACUCACCGGCAGCCGUUCUGUCAUGGGACGCAUUGCUAAGAUGACUUCAAGUGUUAAGGAAAAGCCGACAUUGAUUCAAAAAGAGAUUACUCGCUUUGUCAAAAUCAUCAUCUGCAUGACAGCUAUCCUCGCCGGCGCCAUUUUAUUCACCUGGGUUGGCUGGCUUCGUGUGGAUCACUACGACUUCAUGAACGUGGUUUCCAUGCUGAACAAUGUGAUGGGAUGCGUUGUGGCCUUCAUCCCGGAAGGAAUGCCUGUCGGUGUCGCACUCACCUUCAUGAUGAUUGCAAAACGCAUGAAGCAGGCCAACAUUCUACCCAAGGGCCUUGCGACAGUGGAAACGCUAGGCUGUGUGAACGUCAUCUGUUCUGACAAAACAGGCACCUUGACUCAGAACAAGAUGUCUGUCAAGUCCCUUGGCCUGGUCGAUAAGGAGUACAGCGUGGAUGAUAUUUUAAUGGCCAAGGAAAAGCCUGCCAGUCUACCAGAAGCAUUGGAUGAUCUACUCCGCGCAUCGGUUUUAUGCAACGAUGCUUUCUUUGAUCCAACGAUGAUGACAUUGCCGAUCAACGAGCGAGAGGUUAACGGCAAUGCUACUGACGCCGCCGUCUUGCGUUUUGCGGAAUCUGUCAAACUUGGUGCUGGAAGCCAGCUUCUACCCUACGAGAGAGUACACCAGAUUCCAUUUAACUCAAAGAACAAGUGGAUGCUUACAAUGCACCAAGACCCCAAGAACGCCGAUGGGUAUCUCGCAUGUGUGAAAGGUGCACCUGAUGUUCUCCUCCCGAAAUGUUCAUCAUACCUGUCUGGCAUUCACAACGAGGUCAGAGCCCUAGAUGAACAGGCCAAGAAGUUGUUUACGGAUUUUCAGAUGGAUCUGUCGAGGAAGGCACAGCGUGUGAUUGUUCUAUGCCAACGGAACUAUAUGCCUCGUGCUGCCCUUGGGUCUAAUGACUUCAAUGAUGAGGUUCUGGCCGAGUGUGUCCAGGAUUUGACCAUCGUGGGAAUAUUUGGCAUCAUCGAUCCGCCCCGUCCGGAGAUAUCUCAGACAGUGGCGGCUUGUCGACGUGCAGGAGUCAGAUUUUUCAUGGUAACUGGUGACUUUGGCUUGACAGCAGCAGCAAUCGCCCAAGACAUUGGAAUUUUCACCGGAACCGCUGGGCCAGACACCGUGAAUGACCUGGUCCAUUACCCGAGUGACGAGAAAAACUUGGAGCCAUUACGAUCGAGACGCAGUCUCCUCAUCGAGGGCAGUAAUAUCUCAACUCUUGACCAAGAACAGUGGGAUGCCAUCUGCAACUACGAGGAGGUUGUUUUUGCUCGAACGACACCGGAGCAAAAGUUUCGCAUCGUUGAAGAACUGAAGGCACGAGACAACAUCGUUGCGGUGACAGGCGACGGAGUCAACGAUGCUCCUGCGUUGAGAACCGCUGACAUUGGAAUUGCUGUCGUCUCGGGGAGUGAUGUGGCUAUCGAGGCAGCUGAUUUGGUUUUACUUGACAAGUUCGACUCGAUUGUGGACGCCAUUCGACUGGGUCGACUGGUCUUUCAGAAUCUCCAAAAGCUCAUUGCUUACUUGCUACCAGCCGGCAGUUGGUCAGAAAUCUGGCCUGUCCUAAUGAACGUCUUUUUCGGAUUCCCAUUGCCUCUGAGCUCGUUCCUCAUGGUCAUCAUUUGCGUCUUUACGGAUCUAUUCCUCUCCCUCUCCCUGAUCAUGGAGAAGGAAGAAUUCGACCUGCUGAGCCUGCCACCAAGAAAGCACAAGAAAGACCACCUGAUAAAUCUCAAAAUUUACGGCCAGUCCUACCUCUUCAUCGGUGUCAUGGAAGCAUUUUGUGCCCACAGCAUGUUCUUCUUAUACAUGUACAAGGCAGCCGGCAUCCCCUUCCACGCUCUCGCAUUCGCCUUUGACAAGUACUCAGACGGAUUUUACGGCCACUCCCAAGCCGAACUAACUCACUUCAACAACGUCGGACAAUGCGUCUACUUCGUCACCCUCGUCAUCCUCCAAUGGGGGAACAUCCUAUCUGUCCGCAACAAACGCCUAUCCAUCCUACAGGCCGACCCCAUCCGCCAAAAAAGACGCAACCCCUGGCUUCCCAUGGCGAUGGUGAUAUCCCUUGCCAUUGCCAUCUUCGUGACCGAGGUCCCCGGUCUGCACACCCUAUUCAACACGGCCCCAGUGCCCCUCGAGUUCUGGUUUAUUCCUCUAGGCUUGGCGCUGGGGAUCUUGUUCAUGGACGAGUUCCGGAAACUGCUUGUACGGUCGUUUCCUCGGGGCCUGGUGGCAAAGAUCUCUUGGUGAUCCGCACGCAGGUGUUCUGGAUGGUGGAUGGCAGAUGGGGAACUAUUGAAUUUCUGAAUGGACAGACAUUAAGUACGGGUCUAUGUCCCAGCUGGCCCAGGCCAAGUGACUGUGACUAUAAUUAGCAUAUAGUAUUCUCACAUGCUGACGAG